GAUGUUUGUGAAGUACGUCCAGGACCCAAUCUGAACAUGAUUGUAGGUGCUAAUGGAACAGGAAAGUCGAGCAUUGUUUGUGCUAUCUGCCUGGGAUUAGCUGGAAAACCUUCUUUCAUAGGGCGGGCUGACAAGGUUGGUCUCUUUGUAAAGCAGGGGUGCUUGAAAGGUGUAGUAGAAAUUGAACUGUUCAAGAAUCCUGACAACGUCAUUAUCACACGUGAGAUUCAAGUGGUGAACAACACAUCAGCAUGGUUUAUCAACAGAAAGCCAACAACCCUGAAAACAGUAGAGGAGCAGGUUGCAGCCUUAAGCAUCCAAGUGGACAAUUUGUGCCAGUUUCUUCCACAAGAUAAAGUUGGAGAAUUUGCAAAACUGAGUAAGAUUGAGUUGCUCGAAGCCACUGAAAAAUCUAUUGGUCCUCCAGAAAUGUACCGGUUUCACUGUGAACUGAAAAGCUUCAGAGACAAGGAAAGAGAACUAGAGAACUUGUGCAGAGACAAAACUAACUCUUUGGAGAAAAUGAAACAGAGGGUUGAACGAUACAAACAAGAUGUUGAGAGAUACCAUGAGCGCAAGCGCCAUAUGGACCUAAUCGAGAUGCUUGAGAGAAAAAGGCCUUGGGUGGAAUAUGAAAAUGUUCGUCAGCAGCAUGAGGAAGUAAAACAAAGCCGAGACCAAGCCAAGGAAGAACUGAAGAAUCUGAAAGAAAUGCAGGCCCCAGUGACGAAAAAAAUUCAAGAAACUGAAGAAUGUUUUAAGAGUCUGGAUAUGAAACUCAGGGAUAAGACUGCUGAAAUAAAAGAAAUUUCUCAAAAAUGUAAGCAGAAGCAAGAUGCUUUGGAAUUGAAAGAGAAAGAAAUUGAAGACAUUCUUCAAGCUUUGAGAAUGAAAAAAGAUGAAGAAAUGGACAGACAGAGAAAAAUACACAAUACUCACAAGAUAAUAGAAGACUGGAAGAAUGAGCUCAAUACAAUGGUAGUCUGUGAGAAUCUUCAGCCACAAAUCGAUGCUGUUAAUAAUGAGCUGAGAAAAUUACAAGAAGAAAGGGCAAAUACUGAUAGUGACCUAAGUGAUCUAACAGCAGAAAAAAUGAACCAAGAGAGGGAAAAGAAAAGAAUAAUUGAUCGCCUUGGACAACUUAGUAAUAUAAUGAGUAUGAAGGAGGAGAUACUUAAAGGGAGAUUCCGAGACACACACACUGCUCUUAUGUGGCUAAGAAAAAAUAGAGACAAGUUUAAAAAAAAUGUUUGCGAACCCAUGAUGCUUGAAAUCAAUAUGAAAGAUAAUAGACACGCUAAAUAUGUUGAAAAUCACAUUUCGGGCAAUGACAUGAGGGCUUUCGUUUUUGAGAGUCAAGAAGAUAUGGAAAUGUUUCUUGUGGAGAUGCGUGAUCAUCAGAAACUAAGAGUGAAUGCUGUAUGUGCACCUGCUGAAUUAUGGGCUGAAAAGUUGCCUUCGAGACCUAUUGAAGAAUUACGCCGAUACGGAUUUUUCUCAUAUUUACGAGAGUUGUUUGAUGCUCCUUACCCCGUGAUGAGUUAUCUUUGCUUCCAGUACCAUGUUCAUGAUGUCCCUGUGGGAACAGAGAAGACAAGAAACAUGAUUGAAAGGGUCAUACAAGAAACCAAACUUAAGCAAAUAUACACAGCAGAGGAAAAAUAUAUUGUUAAGGUAUCUGCUUAUACAAACCUAACAGUCUCUACUAACUCAUGCCUGAGGCCAGCACAGUUUCUCAAUAGUUCAGUGGAUACAGAGGAAAGAAGACAACUGGAACACCUUCUACAGGACCUCAAUGCCACACUUAAGUCCUUCGAUGUGCGUUUGACUGCAUUGUUUGAGAAACAGAAACAACUGGAACGCAGAGACAAUGAGCUCAGGCAAAAGAAGAAGGAGCUUUUAGAGACAGGAAACAGGAGGAGACAGCUGGAAUCCAAAAUUGCUGUGAAGUAUGAUAGUUUAAGACAGCUGGAACAAGAUGCUAUCAACCUAGAGGAGGAAUCUCAAAAGGCAGAUGUAAAGAUCAAAGAAAUAAAUGUCCGAAAAGCAAGACUUGCUACUGAAUUAAUGCAUCUCAUAAAGAGCUGCGUUUCACUGAACAUCCUCAAAGCAGAUUUGGCUCUUCAGAGCACUGUAGUGGCUGCUGAGAAGAACAAACUAGAGUCAGAGUAUAAUGAAGCAAGUGUACAGCUAAGAGCUGCAGAGCAACAGUUUCGUGAACUGGAUGAUAGGAAGCGAAUUCUUACAGAGAACUGCAAGGAGCUGCUGAAAAAAGCUCGACAGGUCUGCAGACUGGGUCCAGAUGAACAUCUUCCAAAAGAAUUUCAAACUGCUUUUCAGGCUCUUCCAAACACACUGGAGGAAAUUGAUGCUUUUCUGAAUGAAGAGAAGACCAGGGCCUCCUGUUUCACAGGCCUGAAUGCUUCAGUUGUUGAAGAAUACAAUAAGCAAACACAAGAAAUAGAGGUGCUGACAGAACAUCUAGCGGAAAAGAAAAAUGAAUUGGAUAAAUAUAAACAAAACAUUGCACAGGUUAAAGAAAAGUGGUUAAACCCCUUGAAAAAGCUGAUUGAACAAAUUAACGAGAAGUUCAGUAACUUCUUUAGUUCUAUGCAGUGUGUUGGUGAAGUUGAUCUUCAUGUGGAAAAUGAGGAGGAGUAUGACAAGUACGGGAUUCGCAUUAGAGUAAAAUUCCACAGUAGCACUGAACUUCAUGAAUUGACUCCAUAUCAUCAGAGUGGAGGUGAGAAAAGUGUUUCCACUAUGUUGUACCUGAUGGCUCUACAGGAACUCAACAGAUGUCCUUUCAGGGUUGUAGAUGAAAUAAACCAGGGAAUGGAUCCAGUGAAUGAGAGAAGAGUUUUUGAAAUGGUUGUGGAAACUGCUUGUAAAGAAAACACAUCCCAGUACUUCUUUGUUACACCAAAGCUCCUGCAGAAUCUCACUUACAAUGACAAGAUGACAGUGUUGUUUGUCUACAAUGGACCUUAUAUGUUGGAGGCAAACAAAUGGGACUUGAAGGCUUUCUGCAGGCGGCGGCGGCGACUUGGAAGAAUGGAUGAACAGUGAUACAGAUACAUAUAUCUAUACAUAUUAGAUAUAUAAAAUGU